AUCACUAUAUCUUUAUCAUCAAAGUAGCAUCAACACAAAAACAGCUAAUCCUAACCAUCCUUUCAUGUCUCAUUUUCAAGAACAUUUUACUCAUGAAAUCAGAGAUUUCUAUGGAGAUUAUCUUGAGCAAAAUCUUAUUUCUCAACAAGAUAAAGAUGAAUAUUUUCAAAAUUUUUUAACUAAGGAGAAAUCAAACGUUAGUAUGAAACUUUCUAAUGAAAAAGAAGAAAAAAAGAAACCUCAAUGGACUGAAGAUAAAAUCAAAAGGUUACUCUCUUUUUUGAAAGGCCGUAAGCAUGUACUAAAACAACUAAAAGAACAUCGUGGUGGUAGUGGUAAUGCUAAAACUGAGCUUUGGAUAGAUGCCUCCAAUGAGUUAUCCAACAUAUUUAAUCCUAAGCAAUGUGAAAUUAAGUGGAAAAAUAUUAAACAAACUAAUAAGCUUCAGCCCAAUUAUCAGUUUAAGAAAGAUGUUGAAGCAAUUCUUUUUCCGUAA